UUUAGAUUUUAAUCAUAUAUACAACUAGAGAUUUACAUAUUGUGAUUUUUUUGUAAUUACGUAAGCCGUUAGCUGAAAUAAAUCUCAUUGUGAAAUGCCGCCAAAAUCUGCGCUGAAUUCCAAACGUAACAAAAACAAAAAGAGCGUAUCAGAACCAUGUCUUCCUCCUAAAAAAGACGCUAGUAAUGCAAGUAAUUUGGAUCCAGAAGCGGAGGAUCGUUUUGAAUUGGAGUUAUACUGGUGCAUACAACAAAUGGAGGCGAGCCUAGCUGUUGGCAAACUGCAGGAGAAACAGGUGCAGGAAUUGAGCAAACAAUUACAUUCGUUGAAAAGUAACACUGCGCCAUUGGUAAAAAAGAGACAAAUUAUGAGGAAUACAUUUGGAGACUACAGAGAGAAAAUGGCUGAGGACGAGCGAAAGUUUAGCAAAACUGUAUCAACUGUCAAGUUCACUGGUUCUACCUCGGCAGAAAAGAAAUCAAUAUUUAUUAAGAAAGCUACUGGAUUUAGAAUACAGAAUUCUAAUAAACAAACAGAUGAUCAUAGAACACAAAAUACAUUGCAAAAUACAGAGCGGGCUAUUUGUAAUAUAUAUAGUAAUAGAAUUGAAACUCCAUUUAAAUUCAAUUUCCAAGAGUAUCAAUAA